UCAGUCGACUCAUAUUUUAGUGUUCGUUACUGCAAGAGGUAUUGUCCAAGAAGUAACUUUCAAUUGUUUCACCCUUUCCCUUUGAACAUCGCUGAUGUGAGCUAAAGAAACCGGUCACGAUCCAAACCCCCCAGAUUUAGUUUGCUUUUACCUUUUGCUUUUCCCCCUUUGUUCCUCUCUGUCUUUUCCUUUUAUUUAUUUCUGUCUACAUAUCUAAUUCUAUCAUCCCAUACGGUCGCCUCUUUUUACAUAGGUUCUCACUUUAAGCAUCUUCUCUUUGCUUCUUCAUGGAGGCAGAGCCGCAGAGCACCUUCUUAUAAUAAAAAAAUUGAGAGUGGGGGUUGCCAUACUCACUUGCAUACCAUACCGGCUUGAAGUUUUCACCCAGAGAGCAAACUGAGCUCUUGCCGUCAUGGCAGGGCUUAGCACCGGGGCAGGAGCUCCUGUUGUGAAGGUGUACCAUGAGAAAUCCAUGAUCCUACCUGAUGUGUCGAGGGUGCUCGCGUGCCUGUAUGAGAAAAAUGUCCAGUUUGAAACUGUGAAGGACUCUUACAAGGACAUACUCAGACUCCAGGCAACAAGGAGCGUUCCAGUUCCAUUCUAUGACGGACCCACAUUUCGACAAGAAUCAAGAGCAAUCUGCCGCUAUAUAGCAGAAACUUACGAGCAGCAUGGGUAUCCUUUCCUCCUUGGGAAAGAUGUCCUUGAGAGGGCUUCCAUUGAACAGUGGCUCAGGCAUGAGGAGCAUGCCUUUGAUCCUCCGAGCCGGGCGUUGUUCUGCCACCUGGCCUUUCCUUUGCAAGAUGAAGACAUCAGUGAUCUUGACAGAGAGAAGAGAAAGUUGGAAGAAGUCCUGGAGGUCUAUGAGCAAAGGCUUGGCGAGAGCGAGUUCCUUGCUGGGAACAAGUUCACCCUAGCUGACCUUGUUCACCUACCAAACACCCAUCACAUCGUGACAUCUGACAAGUUUGCUUACCUGUAUGACUCAAGGAAGAACGUGCAAAGGUGGUGGAAUACCAUCUCUUCCCGAGAUUCUUGGCAGCGGGUGGUGAGGGAUAUGCAGAGUGUGGAGGAGCAGUACCAAAUGGAAGAAGAACUUGAGUUGGAGGAGGAGCAGUUCCAGCAGCAGCAGUGGCAGACAGAACCGCCACAACCAUCUGGUGGCCGCAACAUCCGCAUAGACUCUCGAAAGCAGACUGGCUCUGAUUCACGGACAAUACUGGUUCCACCGCCCAGAGAUGGUAUAGUAUCAUCCUCGUUUUUUACAGUUCCACAGGAACAUCAAACUCUUCCUGCUCAAACAACUUCUCAUGGGAAAACUUCACCUGACCAAAGAAAAGAAAACAACUUCUUUAGUACCACAGAGAAAACUCCAUCACCCUCAAAGCAAAGAACUUCUGCCACUCAGAAAUCAUCUAGCAGUGCCCAAAGCACCACGAGUAACUUCUUCACCCCAGCUACCCCUCCUACCACCACCAACAUGUUCCAGAGAACUGAUAGUGAUAAAUCAACCUCCAAACAUACCUCAUCUCCAACCAGUCAAGGGUCAUCCAAAGAAGCUCCUGAUAGGCUCCAUCUCUCGGAUUUCUACCAGACCAGCAACCAUACUGAAGAGGCAGCAAUUCAUACCGAACCUACUUCACAAGAAGCCUCAAAAACCUCUGACAGGGUUUCUCAAGCUCGUCAAACCGGUGAAGCUCCUCAUAAACCUAGUCCAGGGUCAGCCAAAGCUCCCCAAGAAAUUGCUCCUGAUAAAACCACUAAGGAAUCAUUUAGCAGUGUCCAAAGCACUACAAGUACCUUCCUUACCCCAGCUACCCAAGAAAUUACCCCUGAUAAAACCACUCAGAAAUCAUCUACGAGUGUCCAGAGCACUAAAAGUACCUUCUUUACCCAAGCCACCCCUCUUGCCACCACCAAAAUGCCUCAGAGAACCGACACUGAUAAAUCCAGCUCCAACGAUGCCUCAUCUCCAACCAGACCCAAUCAAGGGCUAUCCAAAGAAGCUCCUGAUAAGCUCCACCUCUCUGACUUGUCACCAAUGCAAGAAGAAUAUGAAGAUACUCAGGGUGGAAAUGAGCGGUUCUCAACUAAGAGGCUCAGGAAAAUGCUUGAGCAAAGUGAUGAAGCACUCAAAUUACAGUCUACGGAUUUGCAAGUCCCUCCAGAAAAGGAGGAAACACCUUCAGCUUAUAAAAAGCCUCCACAUAUGCAAGACAGAAAAGGGCAAGCUGAUAAAUUAUCGGUUGAUGGAAGAACUGAUGGAACUCCAUCAACUGGCACAAGAGCUCCUGACACUCCAACCAGUGCUGCUGAAAGGAGAGACACUUCACCACUAAAAGAAGGAAUGGCUCCUGAUGGUCAUGGUGCCACUGAGCCACGAAAAUCAACAUCCAUCAAUGAGCAACAACCAGCUCUACCGAGGCCAAGCCAGUCGCGAACAAGUAGUGUUCCGCGUGCUUCUGCAUCAUCAAAUGGAGCUCCUCAAGAUGAUGGCUUAGCCCAGUUAUCGACCAUUGAUCAAUGGCGGCACACGUCUACUCCUGCAACCGAACAGGGACCUCCUGGAGCUCCGAGCAUUGAUAAGUUGGACAAAACAGGGGGUGUUAACAGAAGAGCUCAGCCAAGCCCACCAAAGAAAACCACAACUGAACAGUCAGACAAGAGCCCCAUGGAUGAAAGAACACCAAGAAUGACACCAAGACAGGCACCACCUUCUGACACCAGACGUACUUCAGCAUCAACCCUACCAAGUCAAGAACCAGUUUCAAGUUUGCAACAAACAACUAAACCGGUUAAAGGAGAAACUCCUGCCUCAUCUGGCAUCACUGGAGAGGAGUCAGCCGAUAUAGCAAUGGCUGAUGAAAGUGGAACACCACCUGCACCACUGCAAACACCAGCAUCUGAUGGAAGGAGAGUUUCAACGGAUCUCCAGGGACGUAUACUUGAUGCCCAUGGGGAAAAUGAGGCAGUCAAACCUUCUGUCACUGACCCAAGAGGAAUUCCCACUAUGCCAAACAAACAAGAAUCAACUCCCAGUGUUCAACGUCGUACCAAUACCACAUCAGAUAAAUCGUCAGACAUAGCUCCACCACUGCCAUCCUUUGCUGAUAAAAGGAACGAGAAGACUGGUAUCACUGAAUCCACUCAAACCACCACAAUAGGACCUGAUGAGCGGCCUGGUGGGAGAGCUCCCAAGAAUUCUGGGAAUAAGCCGAUAUCUUCAAACGAUAUUGACAAGCAGAUUACUGAAGCAGUAUUUGAUCGCAGCUCAGCAACAUCCAGAGAAAUGCCACCACUAGUCCAAGAGAAGAGCAUGAAGCAGCAGCAACUGCGAAGUGACAACUCUAGUUUAUCACCGCAAGACAACAGGAGGCAGGGUUCUGAAGCUGCACUACCAGUGUCUGGAAAAGAGUCUGAAGAACAAACCUCUCCUGAUACUCAGCAAGCGAAAAAUAACAGAAAAUCAGAUGGCUCAAGCAAACCCACCCGGUUUGAUGGUAAUGAAGGUGAUGUCCCCGAGUCACAGAGUGGGGGUUCGUCAACCAACCCAUGAGGUGCUUCUAUCAGGUCACUUCGGCACAGCUCCUUUCUACCUCCUCACUUUCACAUCCUCAUACAAUAAGGUCCAUUAUCUUGUCACCUUUGGACCGACCAUGCCAGCUAAUGUUGUCUACUCCACGUGUCAUACUGUUAUUCCUGUUCAGUGCAUUACUAUGCUGUUAUUUUGCUGAAAAAUUACUUGUUUAGAUGGUCCUUAUCUCACUUGAAUAACGUGAAUGCAACACUUUGUUCUCCACAAAAAACAUAUCCCUCUGUAAUCUAUCCAUAUAUAUUCACUUUA